AAUUAAAUAUAUCAUUAUAUUAAAUGUUCACGUAUUGAAUUAGAGUAAUUGUAUAUAAUACAACAACAACUCUAAAGAAUAUCAAUACAAAACAUAUCAACAAAUCACAUAUCUAUUCAUAAGUAUUGUUAGUUAACUUUGUAAAAGUAGGUAACUUAACAAUAACAUAUCUUCAGUAAUAUCGGUGUCUAUGAUAUUUAAGUGUAAGGUGUACAUUUCUGAAGCUGAUUUGGCAUUGCUCCAUCUGUGAUUGGUGGGUCACCGUCUACGUACGUAGGCGCCAGGCCAAUGGCGGCGGGGGCUACGCGCAGCCGUCGUGCUACGGCGUAGAGGCGCGCGGGGCGCUACGCCAUCGACAGACGCUGCGUAGCUGCGAAUACCGGGAACUGGAAGCUAUGUGUUAGGUGCACUUUGAUGUGGGACAUCGGGCGUCCGCCAUGCAGGGGCUGCAGGCCGCGAAAGAGAAGGCCUCAGGCCUCUUCGCCAACAAACCCCUUCUGUUCAAGAACAGCCAGUAUGAAAACUUUCAUGUGGACCAGAAGGGCUACGAUCAGAUGUACGACGGCGAGGACCUGGAAACACCACCUUCACCCGAUCGGCCCCCGCCACGACAUAUAGAUAAGUACAUCAAAGCGGAGCUGCCAUGCCUGAGCGCGCGCUACACGGUGGCGCUGCUCGCCUGCUUCGGCUUCAGCAUCAUGUUCGGCAUGCGCUGCAACAUGAGCAUGGCCAAGCUCAAGAUGACGGAGAAGCAUAACACAUCAAGCGGCGUCAAAGAAGACACGCCAUUCAACUGGACGGUAGAAGUAGAAGCCUCCAUCGAUUCGUCCUACUUCUUCGGUUACUUCAUCACGCAGCUACCGGGUGGUUUCCUGGCGUCCAUGUACCCCGCCAACAGGAUCUUUGGGGCGGCUAUUGUGGCGUCCGCCAUCUUUAACAUGGCUAUCCCUGGCGCCAUGGCUGUGGGGCCGACUGCAGUCGUGUUAUUGAAGGUUGCGCAGGGAUUUGUUGAGGGUGUGACAUAUCCUUCAUGCCACGGCAUCUGGCGCAUGUGGGCGCCUCCGCUGGAGCGCUCGCGGCUGGCCACGCUGGCCUUCUGCGGGACUUAUGCCGGCAUCGUCAUUGGCAUGCCACUCUCUGGAAUGCUGUCAGAUUACAUCGGCUGGCAGGCGCCGUUCUACUUCUACGGGGUCUUCGGUCUUAUAUGGUAUACAAUGUGGCUGUGGCUGGUGUUCGAGCGGCCGAGCAAGCACCCCCACAUCUCUGGCAAGGAGAUGGCCUACAUCGAGCAGUCCCUCGGCACCGCCUCGCAGGCCCCCAUGCCCAGCUUUUGGGGCACGCCGUGGAAGGCCUUUUUUACUUCGCCCCCAGUAUACGCCAUUAUUGUAGCGAAUUUCUGCAGAACAUGGAAUUUCUGUUUGCUAGUUAUUUUCCAGUCUGCAUAUUUUAAUUCAAGAUUUCAAAUGCAAAUCACAGAGUCUGGCUUCGUGGGCGCUAUCCCUCACUUGAUCAUGACGUCACUGGUGCCGAUCGGCGGCAUGCUGGCCGACUACCUGCGCAAGAGUGGCACGAUGACCACCACCAACGUGCGCAAGCUGUUCAACUGUGGAGGGUUCGGGCUGGAGGCGUUCUUCUUUGUACUUGUUGCCUAUGCUGAUAAUAAGUACGUGGCGACUAUAGAACUGACGCUGGGCGUGGCAUGCAGCGGUUUUGCCAUCUCCGGCUACAAUGUGAACCAUCUGGACAUCGCGCCGCGAUACGCCUCCAUCCUCAUGGGCCUGUCUAACGGCAUCGGCACCAUCGCCGGCUUUGUGGUGCCUAUUGUCAUCAACUACAUCACACAGGAGAAGGACAAACUCGAGAAAGCAAUAACAGAAUGGCGCGAGGUGUUUUUAAUGGGCGCGACGGUACACUUCAUCGGCAUCACCAUCUACGGUAUAUUCGCGUCGGGCGAGCUGCAGUCGUGGGCUGAACCACCGCCUUCUUACGAGUCGCCUGUCAAGUCUAAGGACCAUGAGACCACCUUCAUGGGCAACCCAUCGGCGCCGCUAAAGAGCAGCUCACCACCCGGGUACGGUGCGGUGGCGCCGCCGCGCCCGCCCGCGCCCGGCGCCGCGCCCGCGCCGCAGGCCCACGUGCCCAACAACCCCUUCGUGUCCGGCGCCUUCUACCAGGCGGAGCCCGUGCAGCCCCCGGCCCAACAGUACCCCGAGCUCACGGAUGACGGCACUUACUAGGUUGUAGCUCAAUGCGGUACUAGACUUGAGGUUUGAUUUUCAGCUCCAUCAAUUUCCAGAAAAAUUAUAAACUGAAAUUGAUGUCUUAUAAGAAAAAAAUACCAAGCCCUUCAGUGGCACUUAGUAUAGAAUAUCUAUUUCAGUUUAUAAUUUAUAUGUAGUGGUGUGACUACCUAAAAACACAUUCGAUUUGUUCCCAAAGUUUCAUAAAAAUGAUUUGUUAGGUGAUUUCAUACAGUUGGGUGUCGUCAUAAUAAAAUCUCGACUACUGUUGUAAAGUUUCUCGAAAUAUUCAAAGAAAGUAUUUCAACACAAUAUGAUGCGCGAUGAACUUUCCUGCAAUCUCAAGACUUAACUUAUGACUAACCGAAUAAAAAUCAUACUUCUUGUCUAGUAUUAUAUUGAGGUUUAUGAUUUUCUAUCACUGAUUUCGAAGAUUUUGUGCUCAGUAUAGUAUUUUCCAACUAGUUGACCACUCGAUGCGAGCGCCGCCCCUUGCUCGGGUGGUGAACUAGUCAUAAACGAGUAGAUAGGUGAAAUUACAUGUGCUGUUACUCUCGCCAUGGUUAGCUUGUACUACGUCAUAUCGUUAUAGAAAUUAACAGUACCUGUUCAGAUCUUCAUUAUUUUUCUAUGCACCUGGUCAUUGUGCUAUAUCGUAUUCAUAUUAAAAUCCGUUCAGGUUGAAGUCUGUUUUGUUGCUCGGUCUAAACCGUGCUGAUUUUCCUUAUAGCUUAAAUAAGUCUCGUUAAGUAUCGUUAUAUUUAUUGACAUAUCAUCAAGUAAUAAAUAUACCUUAGGAUCGUUUUAUUUUUACUUCAUUUUCUUUUAAGGUGUGUGACUAUUUGAACAGCUUCGUUCAGGGAUUAUGUGCGAUUACUCUUUUUUAGUAUAAUCAACCAAGCACAUAAUUAAACCAAGUUGACAAUUGUCAUCUGACACUGACAAUCCAAUGGUGUCUAGUGACCAUUGAUUUGUUGUAUCUUAUAAAUAAACAACAAACUGUCAUUGUAAGGUUACAAUUGUCAAAAUAGUAAAAUAUGCCAUGGUCUAGAUAUUUAUUUUAAUCACUCCUGUCGUAACUAUCCCGAGCCUGAGCAAAUGAGAACACACGUUACUGAAUGUUAAAUGCAUGAGUCCCAUAUAUAUGUAUACAUUGCUCUCUUGUUGCUAAUUGUUGUAAAAUGUUUAUAUCUUUACAAAUAAAUAUGUAAUUAAAUUGUUCAAAUUUAGAUUUACCUGUACCUAUUUGAAAUAUAUAAUAUAACAAUAUUAUAGAUGUAGAAAUAUAUUAUGUACUUACUAGGGAAUGUUAACUACACAGAGGGAAGUAAUGCAAUCAUUGUUUUAUAAUUACACGUGUAUUGUUUGCGAGCUUUGUGUUGAGAUUAUUGCAUUAAAUUUCUCAUUGAGUUUAAAAAACGUUACAAAAAAUACAACGCAUUAAUACAUUUUACAUUUUGAGCUUUGUGAUUGCUUGUAAUAUAUUAUAAGUCAUUUAGAAGGAUCAUUAGUUGAAAUAUUAGUUAUAAUAUAGGUACUUAUAAUAUCCAAUGUACGUAUAUAAUAUCAGUAGUAUCUGUGCUGUUAAGGACUUUGUUAUCACAAUGCUUUGAAUUUGUAUAUAUGUAGCAAAUUUUCAUAAAUAUAUUUUAUGGGUCUGCAAUCUAAAACACAUUUCCCCGUCUUCCUAGAGUAACUAGAUCUAUAUGUAAUAAGAUUAAAGAAAGUAUUUAAUCUAAGGUAAAUAAGGUUAAAGAUAUAAAGUAAGUAUACCAAAGGAGUUGAAAAUGAGUGUCAUUUUGUUAUUUUUUGUUAUUAUUGUAGUUAAGCUUUGUCAAGUGCAACAAUCCAUUGAGUUUUCUCUACCUGGGCGUUUUUAGAAAUUAAUAUUGAAAACCUGAUUAUUUCACAUCUGGACGUUCUUGAGCUCAUUCUACUCACAAUCGACAGCAUUCUCCAUCCCACCAUUAAAAAAAGAUGUCCCAAAAUGUCCAUUCCAUUACGUCACGUUUUAGUAUGAAAAAUUUUUCACUUAUAUGUGCAUGACGUAGUGGAAUAUACAAUUUUCAUACAAAUUUUUGGGACAUUUUAUUUUAUCAUCAGAAUUGAAUAUGCUAGUGAUUCUGAGUUGAAAGAACCCAAAAACACCGGGAUCUGUGAGAAUCGGGUUUUCGAUAUUUAUUUCUGAAAACGCCCACCUAUCAGAGAUUCGUUCAUGAAUAUAAGUUAUAUUUUGUUAGUAGGCAUGUGAUGUGUGUGCUUCAGUUUCAGUAAUUCAACCACAUAGUCAAUAAUGUGAUAAUAGAUCUUUAAGAAGCAAAAAUGAAAGUAUUGAUGAUAAUAAUAAAAUUAAUAACUCUACGGAAAUAAUAUUCUCAUGAAUCUCGUGCAACAUUAGCAUUAUUUAUAACUAAUAUUGACACUUUAGGUAUAGGUGUAGAUUGUUUACAAUCCCAAAUCACGGAUCUCAUUGCAGGCAACAUGCACGUAAGUAGUUAGUAUUAUACUCAUAUUAUCCACCUGUAAAUACCACCCAGUUCAUUAUAAACAUGCACUUUUGUAAAUACAUAUGCACACCUUAGAAUAAGUCUAAAGUACCCAAAGUUUAUGAUUAUCCUUACUCACCUAUUGGAUGUAAAUACACAGUUAGUGUAAUGCAUGACACAAUAUUGCUUUAAAAUAUUUAUUUUCACUUUAUGGUUUCUGGGUUUAAAGCACGGCACCAAUUUUCAGUCUCACCUUCACUAGUAGACUCGCACGUUGCACUUUACCUACUCAAAGGUCUACAUAUAUUAUAAUCAAGUCGUAGUGAACUAUUCACGUCAAAAAGCUCCCAUAUCUAGAGGAGCUGACUGCAGCGAUGCAAUCUCGCUGAUCAACAAACUAUUCCCACUAUUGGUGUUUGAACUAACAAAACUUUGUGGCUUACUUGACAAUAUAGCUCCACGGCAACCUACAUUCACAGGGUAUGCGUCAACGACAAUAUGGAAAAGCAGGUUUGUGACAAUAAUUCAUG